AAUAAGUGUUGAGCAUAUAAGUCCAUUUAGAUAUACAUUUAACAUAUUUUUUUCUGGAUCAAAAGAUAUACGUUAACUUUGAAGUGAAAUAAAGAGAACAGAGAGAGAGAGCCAUGGCAACGAAGUCUGUUUCAUCCUUCGCCAUAUUUUUCAUCCUCUUUCUGGUUAUCUUUGAAGUGCCGGAGAUAAAAGCGCAGGCUAGCAAAUGCCUGAAAGAAUACGGCGGUAACGUCGGUUUCAGCUUCUGUGCGCCUCGGAUAUAUCCGUCGUUCUGUUAUCAGAGGUGCCGUGCAAACAAGGGCGCAAAAGGUGGAAGAUGCCGUACGGGAAAGGCUGGUGCUGCUGAUAUGAUAUGCUUAUGCGACUACUGCAGCGGCAAGCCUUAAUCAGAUUCUAAGCGAUCGGUUUGGCCGCAGGCGCAGACGAUUUGUGUUUGAAUCUUGUAUGUGUUGUGUAAUAAUUAAAGGCUUUGUGUUUGAAUCUUGUAUGUGUCAUGAUACAUUUGUGUAAUUGGCAAAUGGUCCAAGUAAAAAUAAAUAAAGAAACGUACGACUUUUUGUUUUCUGUAAUUCUGAUUAGCACUAAGAAUAAAAUUUAGAAUGAUUUGUAUUAAAAUUAUAAGCACUCUGUUAUUGAAUCAUUAGUAUUGAACUAAUGAUUUGAAAAUGUAUUUUUAAAUUUAUUAUUAUUGGAAAUAAUUUAAGUAGUG